GCCACGCCACUUCCUCCGUCGCCUCAACACACGUCGUUCGCCUUUUCCGCCUUGUCUCGCCGCUUCUCUUCAUCAGCACCAGAAGAUAAAGAGGAAACGGAUCCCCUUUUCGGCAAAUCCCUCGACUUGCCGACUCCGACGAUGGCGCUCAUGUCCUCGAGCUUGAUCUGGAGGCAUGGCAGGUCCUCAAGCUCGUCAUCCACCACCUCCUCCUCCAGACUUCGAGCGGAUGAUGUAGAAGUCAACGACGCGGGGAGGAUGACCACGGAUCUUGGCGACUGAGCCGCCGCUGCCGCCAAGAUGCUGACGCUGGUGCGCGCCCCUCUCCGCUGCCUCUUGCUAUCCUCGCCCCCAGCCUUGUCGCUCUGCUCCCCCUACAUGACUGUAGGCCACCGCAGCGUCGGUGGCGGCGUCUCGCCCCUUCUCCUGAUGCUCUCCACUUGCCCCUCGGCGUGGCGUGUCGGCGAGGGCUUCCCGGCCGCAGGGGCACCAAGCGGGGCCUCCUCGCGAGGCAGGAGCUUCUAUGCCCACCCCGUCAGCAUGGACGACGAGGCGCCCUCCAGCUCCGCCGCCGGUAGCGUCUACGACCUGGCCGUGCGUUACCUCACCGUGGAUGAAAUUGCCAACGCUGCAAAUCUUGACGAGAUCUCCAUAACCAGCAUAUAUGCACACUGGGAGGACGUGGGCUUGAGCAUUUCGAAUGCUGCAAGCUCAAAUUUAGUCAUGUUUAUUCAGAAGAAGAAAUGAAGUGCUGAAGGUUUUUAGUAAGUUAGUGGUUAACUGAACUACUGAUUUUUUUUUAAAUGAACAUGAACUUGAUAUAGAGAAUCAGUGUACAUAAACAUUGUUUCUUUCUUUCUUUUUGCAGCAAGCAGCAAUAAGACAAUUCUUCCUAACCAAAAAAUUUCAAUGAUGGGGUACAGAAAAAACACUUGUAGCCAUUUCUAUAAACUGAAACAAACCCUGAACCUGAAUCUGUCAACCCUGAACCUGAUUGUGAACAAAUCAAGUGCCAAUUCACCCUGAACCUGAUUGUGAACAACCCUGAACAUGUGUUGUUGCUCUCCAAGUUUUGUUUUGGAAUUUCAAUUUCCCCUUGGCCUACUCAAUUCAAUUCAAAUCGCGAACAAAUCAAGUGCCAAUUCUAUUUCUAUCAUGUGCUGAUUGUGAACAGAGCAGCAGCAAUAGAGGCAACAGAGGCGGGCGGGGCAAACUCACAAGCAACAGCACCAGCAGAGGCGGGGCAGGGGACAAAGGCAACAGCAACACGAAAGGUCCACGGCGACAACGUUGACCACUAGCAGAAACAACAUGGGAUGCGGGAGUGGCCGGAAUUUUCCACGGCGCCGGCGGCCGAAGCGGACGAAGUCGAGCCGCAGGUGGGCGGCCGUGGGCGGCGAAGGUGAGUGGCGCAAGUGUUGGGGAGAUUCCACCACGUGGACAUGGAACAUCACCAGGCGGGCGGCGGUGUGGGUACAGGCAGGCGACGGCGGCGCAACUCCGAGCGGGCGGCGGUGCAGGUCGAUUUUGUGCCGAGUGGCGCAGGUGGGAAGCUGGGCGCAGGGCUAGGCGGGCGGCGGCGCUGGUGUUGGUCGCGUGCUGGGCCCGAAGGUGGAUGGCGACGCGCGACCGACGGUGGCUGUAAGGCGCAGACGACGGGGGAGAGGAAGGAAGGAGAUGGGCUGAAUCAUGACGGGUUUAAUAUUUUGAGGUUUUUUUGCAAAAAGAUAAUACAUUGUGCGCUUGACAAUUUUUUCCGGACGGAGGGAGUAUGAUUGUAUAUUUUA